UUCCUCUUCCUGCUUCCAGGUCCUUCUUCAGUUAUCAGCAAUGAUGAUGAUUCAGCAAGUCCCCUGCAUCACAUUUCAAAUGGGAGUAACACUCCAUCAUCUUCUGAAGGCGGCCCAGAUGCUGUUAUCAUUGGAAUGACAAAGAUUCCUGUCAUUGAAAAUCCUCAGUACUUUGGGAUCACCAACAGUCAACUGAAGCCAGACACCUUUGUUCAACACAUCAAGAGACACAAUAUUGUUCUAAAAAGAGAGCUGGGAGAAGGAGCUUUUGGAAAAGUCUUCCUGGCUGAAUGCUAUAAUCUCUGUCCUGAACAGGACAAGAUCUUGGUGGCAGUGAAGACACUAAAAGACGCUAGUGAUAAUGCUCGGAAAGACUUCCACCGAGAGGCGGAGUUGCUGACUAAUCUACAGCAUGAGCACAUAGUGAAGUUUUAUGGAGUUUGCAUAGAGGGCGAUCCACUCAUUAUGGUCUUUGAGUAUAUGAAGCACGGAGAUCUCAACAAAUUCCUGAGGGCACAUGGACCAGAUGCAGUGCUGAUGGCUGAAGGUAAUCGUCCAGCUGAGUUGACCCAAUCCCAGAUGCUACACAUUGCUCAGCAGAUUGCAGCUGGUAUGGUUUAUUUGGCAUCACAGCACUUUGUGCAUCGGGAUCUUGCCACGCGGAACUGCCUCGUUGGUGAGAACCUGCUGGUGAAGAUUGGAGAUUUUGGAAUGUCCAGAGACGUGUACAGCACUGAUUACUACAGGGUUGGCGGUCAUACUAUGUUGCCCAUUCGUUGGAUGCCUCCUGAGAGUAUCAUGUACCGGAAGUUCACCACAGAGAGUGAUGUUUGGAGCUUGGGGGUCGUUUUAUGGGAAAUUUUCACGUAUGGCAAGCAGCCAUGGUAUCAACUCUCAAACAAUGAGGUGAUCGAGUGUAUUACUCAGGGCCGAGUCCUGCAGCGACCCCGCACAUGCCCAAAGGAAGUGUAUGACUUGAUGCUGGGUUGUUGGCAACGGGAGCCUCACAUGAGGCUCAACAUCAAAGAAAUCCAUUCUCUCCUUCUGAACUUGGCCAAGGCUUCUCCAGUCUACCUGGAUAUUCUAGGCUAGACGCUCCUAGCAUUUCCUCUUGGGCUGAGUGAAUGAAUAUGUUCAACUGCCGCUGAACUCCAUUACAAUGUGUUCUUAAUUCUGACAGUAUUAAUGACAAAGAUGCGGAGAAGCUUUCAAAGGGCAAGCAAUGUGCACUUCUCCAUCUGUAGACACAGUAUUGACUUUUCAGACAUUACUGAGAUGUAUCUCGUAUCUCUUUCUCUCACACUUCUGUUUCUCUCAUUUUUUCUCUCUUCUCUCUUUCUAAUCAACCUGGCUUCUGCAUCAUUGUAUCUCUGCAUAGACAAAGGCCUUAAAAACCGAAUCUGUUAUAUCAGCAGAGACUCCAAUUUGCCCACCGCAACUAACAAUGCCUUGUUGUAUUCAUGCCUUUGAUGUGGAUGAAAAAAAGGGAAAAAAAUGACUCAAACUUUGGGACUUCUGCUGUACAGAUACUAGGAGUUUCUAUGGAUUCACCUCUACUUUUUUGCUUUGCCAUGUGGGUGGAAAAAGAUGACUGGUGUUCUCUAUGGGAAACAUAUUUCUAGCUGAGAUAAAGCCAGAUGGAAAGAAAACAGCAUUGCAUGAUCCACUAUAUGGAGGAACUGUGGGAUCAGAUGGUAUGCAACCCCACUAAAGACACUAAAAUAAUUUAAUGGAAGGAAGGAAAGGAGUUGGUAAGGCUCUGAAAGCCUUUCUGAGGAGUAAAGAAAUUGUUUAAUAAAGUGUGUGCUUGGCUAGCAUUUUCCAUCACCAGAUACAGUACAAAGGUCUGUGGAAAAGAAAAAAAAGAUGCUGCCUGCAUUGCACAAGAUUACACAAUGAUAUAAUAAACUAAACACAACCCCCCAAUUUUGUUUUAUAGUAGAAAAUUGUGAUAUCAGUAUAAAAAUGUUCUCCAGUUAGCCUUUGGUCACACAGGCUUAUUAAUGUACAGUAUUAAUUUCAGGGUCCAGUAUUGAAGCUGAGGACUUUGAUAAGAUUAGGACAAGCUGUAGAUGCAGUGGCAAGUUUAUCAUAUACUGUGCUUGUCAGGCAGCAUAUCUCUACCCUUCUCCCUCCCCAUUCCCUUUCCCCUCACUGUGCAAGCAAAAUUGUGCAUGGUCUUUGUCUAUUAAUGCCCUUUGUGCAGAAACUAUCGUUCAUCUUGUUGUACACCCUGAUAGGCAUAGCAAAUCCAUAAAGGUAUAACAUAUAUUUAAUUAGAAAGAGCUAAUGGAGGUCAUUAGCUACGUUCAAGUGUCUUUACCUUGUUACAGAUAUGAUAGGCCAAUACUACACAAGUAAUCUAAAACAUGGAAAUCAUAGAUUAUGUUUGAGCCAUGACAGGGGAUGAUAGAAUUAAGUCCCUGGAGAUAACUAGAUGUGACUCUGUGGUUAUCACUUGCUAUUCAGAGUGUACAGACCCUGACUUCAGCACCACUUUCUGGUUGGUAUAGUGGUGCCAUUCCCAGCAUCCACUGUUUCUUAAUUUAUUUAUUUUUAGUUGGACAUGCAUUGUAUGCAUACAGCACAUGCAUGGCACAGUGUAGACGGCAAGCGCAUGGGCAUAUAUGUUAUUUUUCAAACAGAUGCUGAAGAUUUAAAAUUUAGAUUUAGGAUUAUUUUUAUUAUGAACUCUUACAAAUGGAAACCAAUCGUACCUAUUCCUCAAGAACAUUUUGCCUCCCUCUGUGAGGGGGCGUUAUUGCAAAAAAUUGACUUUUUUUUAAUAAUAUGAGCCAGAUCAAAGAGUAAUAGUUCUUCAUCUUUGUGUUGUGGUUAUUUUAUUUAAUAAAUUAAGCAUUUUUAUUUUUCUAAGUGUUCCCAUAACAUUUUUAAUAUAUACUUUGCUUGCAAUUAUUAUUUAUUAUGGCACUUUGUUUUUCCUUAAUAAGCUUUUAAAGCCAGUUCAAAAAGAUUUUGAACAUUUUUGGAAGUAAAACAGUUCACUGGAUAAGCGAUGAAGUUUAACCCUUCUCUCUGUCAGUGAAAAGAAGCAUUACAAAUAAACUUAACAAUGAAAUUAUAAAGCCAUAUUCAGUAUUUCUUUAAUAAACCAGAAGUUAUUUGUGAACCGCUAUUGAAGUGUAAAUACAAAAAAAAAAAGAAAAAAGCUAGAGGAAGAUUGCUGUGAAAUGGACUUUAAGAUUUUAUCAAGGCUGUCUUAGAAAUUCAGAGAGAGAGAGAGAAAGUCUGGUUAGAUGAAGACUGAACAUUCAGCAAAACCCAUUCUCAUGAGAGUCUGAGUUAUUUUUAAAGGAAACUUGAAAUUCAUUUUUGGUUUAAUAGAAGGUAGACAAAAAGACUGAAAGCAACAGAGUCUACUGAGGCAACACUCUUAGUGUGAAGGGAGAGAGGGUCACGGGUUGAGAUGGGAAGGUACCAAACUCCUUCCUGUUGUAUUCUGCCAUUGUUUCUUACAAAACCAUGCAUCCCCCUGUUCUCCAAGAUACUGUUCUGUUGGAGAGAAGGCCAUAAGCUGAAAGCAAAAAGGUGGGUUUUGCAAAUACUGAAAGAACAUAUACCAAAAAAAAAUCUGCAAUUUGACUUAGUGACAUCCCCUUUAUACCUCACGAGAAGAGUAUACUAGAGUUGUUAAGGAGAAAAUAGUGUGUAACAAUGCACUGUGCAAUAACAUACUAGUAAGUCAGACCUACAGGAGCAAAUGUUCCAUAGAGCCAGAAGCAUGGAUGUACUUGGCCUCUCUCAUAAGUGUGGGCAGUAGUGUAUAAAAGCUAUAAUCAAAGUAGACAAGUUAUUAAGUAAAGUUAAAACAACUUUUUUGUUGAUUUAUGAAAGGGGGUGUAAUUGUAGCAGAAAGGAGGAAGAAUUACGUUCAAAUGGCAAUGAGGAGUGAGAGUAUAUGUAUACAUUCGUUACGCUUGCAGCUUCAGCUAAAUCUUGUAA